AUGUCAUCGUCACCGCAGCCUGCUCCUUCUACCGGAGAGAAGAGAAAGAGAGGUCGUCCUCGGAAGUACCCCCCGGGAUCUCGUCCUCAGCCGGUGCCAGGUCGUGGCCGCGGUCGUCCUCGCAAGGACCCCAACGCCAAAGUCACUUCCAAGUCAGAAGCUCCAAAGUCCGGCAGAGGACGUGGACGCCCGAGAAAGUCCAUCGACCCAAAUGGCACCAAUACCACUACGGAAAAGACCGAAAAGACCCCAGAGGAAAAGUCCGAGUCUGCUGAUGCCAAGGCCGAGGAUGAGGAGGCUGAAGAAGAUGAUGAUUCGGGGCGUUCGUACUGGUUGAUGAAGGCCGAGCCCGAGUCGCGCAUAGAGAAGGGAGUUGACGUGAAGUUCUCCAUUGAUGACCUGCGGGAGCGCACGAAACCCGAGCCGUGGGAUGCACGAAACAACAUGCGUGAGAUGAAGAAGGGUGACUACGCUUUCUUCUACCACUCGAACUGCAAGACCCCGGGAGUUGCGGGCAUCAUGGAGAUCGUGCAGGAGCACACGCCGGAUGAGUCUGCGUUCGAUCCGAACCACCCAUACUACGAUGAGAAGUCUACGCGGGAAAAUCCCAAGUGGGAGGUGGUUCAUGUCGAGUUCCGCCGCAAGUUCGACAACUUUGUUUCGCUGAACGACCUCAAGGCUCACUCGCAACCGGGACAGCCCCUGGAGAACCUGCAGGUGCUGAAGCAGUCCCGGCUGAGUGUUUCCCGGGUGAGCAAGAAAGAAUGGAAGUUCAUUCUGGGGCUAGCGAAGGAGAACGAGGAGGAGAAUUGGGUAUCGGCUGGCGAACAGGAAGCGUAG